AUAACAAACUUCAUUAUCAAUAAAAGGUGAUUGCUCUCGACAGUUCGCGAUCAGUUUGCUUAGUUAGGGUUAGUGUUUGUAAGCGGUAAUUGUGUGGAAUCUUUUUCCAAAUGAGUGAGCAAAUGACAGAGCCUGGGAGUAGUACACCGUUAAAUGUAGAAGAAGCAGCUGUGAAAAAACAAGAAAUACCUUCUCAUCAUGAUUCCUCUGCCAUCGAAACGCGUACAAAUGCAGCUAACGGACUGAAACGUAAAAAAGGAAGACGCAAAUCUGGAACGAAAAAACACCGAGCAGGCAGAAACCAGAAGCGGAAAUAUAAACCUUACCACAGACUGUCUUUUGCUGAACGACAGAAGGUGGACGAGCGUAAUGCAAAGAGAAAUUUUCGAAAGCGCCAAUUUUUACGUUCUUGUGGUGUUUCUUUGGCGCCUCAAAACACAAAUCAGUUCCUGUUUGAUGACCGAGUUAUAAGAAAAUCGGAAGAAAUUGACAAUUCAGAUCCGAGUUCUCUGAGUGAGUAUGACGGCAGUAACUCGGAAGGUGAUGAUUUCAAUGUCAUGUGGCAUAGAGAAAAACGUCAAAGAUUUGAGAGAAUGACCCGUGAUGAACUUAUAGAGUGGUUUAUGAACCUGGAAGAUGAAAUAGUGGAAGCUGAGAAGAGGCUGGAAGAAAUCACCAAAAUCCGCAUCUAUCAGGAGGAAGUGAGAAAAUAUGAAACUGCCAAUGAAGAAUUAGCAAAUAUGAAUGCUAGACUUACAAAAAUGUUAGAAGACAUGACCUGCAAAGUUGAAAAAGAUAUAAAUAAGAAAGAUCAGCCCAUUGAAAAUGACUUAUCUGCAGAUAUUAAUACUGCAGAGUAACACAGCCUUUGAGCAUCUUCUCUUAUAAUCUACAUAAUUAUUUAAAAUCUGUAGUACUUCUGAUUGCAGAUCCAAUUGUGUAGACUGAUAAUUGUCAAAUGGUAUACAGACAAAUGUAUAAAUUUGAUACAGGGAAAAAAAUGCAAAAUAUGUAUGCCUCGUACAUAUUUAAACAAGUGAUAUUUUGAAGGAAAUAGCUCACAAGCAGAUAAAUUAUUAAAAUAUGUAAAUUACAUAUUUCAAAAUAUAUGAAUGAAAAGGCAUCCAUCAGUCUGAAGCAUUUAAAAAUAUAUAGAAUAUUCUUAACAGAGAAAAUUGAAUAUGUACAAGUACAAUCUAAUAAGAGAAACUGAAAAUCUGCUAAUGGGAAUGUAUGUUGGAAGAUCUGGAUAAAUAAUGCUACUGUUAUCCUGAUGGUACAACUAGAAUUAUAUAAGUUGAAAAGUAUAGCUUUGUACAGUUCUUCCAAUCAUCCAAGACCUUCUUGUAUUGAGGUACAGAUCAUAUCACAUUCAAUAUACCAUCACCAUUUGGGUUUAUAAUCUUGGAGAUGCUGUCAAAUUUUAAUGACAUAAAUUGAGGUUGCAGCUGUAAAAUAUCCUGAUUUAAGUUCUAGCUAUUGAAUAAUAUAAAUAGAAGUUUGUUGUGCUGUAUUUAAGCUGUAUGAAAAAAUUAAUGAGUAUAUAAAUAGUAAUCUAAGAAACAGAAGGAUAUCUUAUAUAUUAAGUAAAUACAGAUAGCUUGUUUUUGUGAGAAAUUUUUAAAUAAUUACCUUUAUUGAUCAUUGCAAAUAAACAUAUCAAGUGUUCUAUUGUGCAUGUUUUUUUCAAUUGAUAUAUAACUUUUAAAUUGCAUAUUACUUCUAAGAUUGCAAGUUUUGAAGCAUGUACCAUUUGUAGUCUUAUUUCUCGCAUUAUAUCCAUGUACAGUAAAAUUUAUUACUAUAUUUUAGACACGUAAAGAUUAAAAUUUUUAUUUCGCUUUUUUUCAUUUCUUACAGUAACUAAAUGAAAUGCCCUCAUUUUUUAUGUGGAAGGGAAAAUUUUAAUAAGAUAAUAAAAGCUUUUACUUCAAUUAAUUAUGUACAAAAAUAGUUUUUUUAACACUUUCUUUAAAUAUAAUACCAAUAUUAAUAAUGAACAAAUUUAC